GCGACAGGCUCGUUGUUCUGUGCUCUGCUCUGUGCUCAACCACGCCCAGUUUUUCAUCGACUCUCUGCAGAAGAUAUGUUAUCACGUCUCGGCACGUCGGUGCUCCCCAUCUCGUUGUCGCUGGCAUCGCAAGCCAAGCGUGCUAUAUCCGUUCAGACCAUAUUGCACGGCUCUCCCAAAGCUCAGCAGGAAGGAGACGUUCAGAUACAGCAACACUCAAAGCUGGUCGCCCGCGGAAAGUAUGUCCACGGGUUUGAGGUCCACAAAGUGAAGCCGAGCGAAGUCGAGAAUUACAAAAAGGCCGCACAGGGUUACUACGCUGCAAUCAAGGAUGAUCCAUCGUUACACGUAAAACUGUCAGGUAGCUGGGAGGUAGUAGUUGGCGAGCAGGACGUAUUCUUCCACAUCCUGGAGUACGAGAACUACGAUGGUUACGACAAGACUACUGCCAAGAUUAGGGCAAGCAAUGAGUACAUGACAGCGUACCAGAAGAUGAUACCCCAUUUGAACUCGCGGGAAUCACAGCUGUGCCAAGAGUUCGCAUUCUUCCCGACCGCACCGCCUCAUUCAGAGGGUGGCAUCUUCGAGUUGCGCAAGUAUCAGCUUAAGCCGGGCACGUUACUCGAAUGGGAACAGGCUUGGCGCAAGGGCAUUGAGGCACGCCGGAAGUUCGUUGCACCCGUUGGUGCUUGGUUUUCGCAGAUUGGUCGCCUGCACCAAGUUUAUCACAUGUGGCAGUACCCAAACCUCCAGGUACGCAAGGAGACCCGAGAGAAGGUGUGGCAGCUUGAGGGCUGGUCGGAGACAGUCACUAAGACGUCAGACUUCUCGAAGUUUAUGGACUCAUACAUUCUGGAGCCGCUCCCGUACUCUCCGCUCAAGUAAAGGGGUGCGAUAAACCGCGUCAUGGGGUGUCACUUUGUACUUCUCUUUAUAUUUCUGGACUCUCUCGCUUCAUUACUCGGAGGAUACCCUUCAGUUGUAUAGUAGCCAUCUUCGCUUGCUAUGCUGUUGGUCCACAUCUGCAGUCAUAUGGAUGUGCCAUAUCACACGGUUGACGUGUCUUGAUGAUGGGA